GUAAUAAUAGUAAUAAUAUUAAUAAUAAUAUUGUUAUUUCACAUUAUUUGUUUCGUUUAAUAUCAGAUAUUGAUAUAUAUACGCCGCUAUCGUCUGCACAACAUAUUUUCUAACGUUUCUCGUCCGCGGUCCAUUCAUCGCCGCAGGUAUCAUCAUCACUGUCGUCCUCGCCGCCGCCGCGUUCUACUGUCUAGCGCGCCAAUGAUUGCAGCCACCAGGACAAUACAACUAUAAUAAUACAUUGUUCACCUGUGUUCACUGUUAAAAAUUUCUUCCGUACUAGUUACAUCUUUUCGGACAACGUGUACUAUCGUUUAAGCUGAGCUUUCGCGAACUGGACAUGAUCCGCGUUCGCCCGCUAUCCCGGUCAAUGUUCGGGCAAUAGAUCGUCGUGAUCGCUCGACCAAGUGUCGAUGCGCGGCUUACAAUGGCUUGCCUGAAUGUGUUGAAACAGGAGAUCAAAGUGAUCGAGUCUACGUUCCCCAAGAACCAUGACAGGUUCCAGGUGCAUACAGCCACCGUUGAUGAAGUAAUAUGCAAGUUUGUUGGCCCCACCGGGCGACAGUUUGAGAUCAUUGGUAACAUCACGGAGACAUAUCCUGGCACUCCACCCGUCUGGUUUGCUGAUACCGACGAUUGUAAAGUGACUAAUGCUAUUGAAAAGUUAGGUCAAACUUCCGGACUCAAUAAUCAUGUUAUUAACCAAGUUGGAAUAUUGGUUAGUGAAUUGUGCCGUACAUAUUGUUUAUCUGAACCGUCCGAGUUACAAAGACUGAUACAAAUGCCCUCCAGUUCUGGGGCAUCAACCUCUACCUCUUGCUCUAGUAGUAAACUUACAGAUGAAGAAGAUGAUGAUGAUGAUGAAGAAGAAGAGGUUGAAGAAUAUAUUCAGCUUGAUAUGGAAGAAUCUACCCCUGAAUCUACUAAAAAACAAGUUGAUGAUAUGGAAAUUCAACACUUGGAAACUUUGGAAAGAUUACGACAAAACCAACGUCAGGAUUACUUAAAGGGGGCUGUAACUGGGUCUGUUCAAGCUACUGAUCGUCUUAUGAAAGAGCUUAGGGAUAUAUACAGAUCUGAUAGUUUCAAAAAAGGAAUGUAUAGCGUGGAACUUGUUUGCGACAGCAUCUAUGAGUGGAAUAUAAAAUUAAUGACGGUUGAUCCAGAUUCUUCUUUGUACCAUGAUUUACAAAAGUUAAAGGAGAAAGAAGGAAAAGACUUUGUGUUAUUAAAUAUUACAUUCAAAGAGACAUAUCCCUUUGAGCCACCAUUUGUACGUGUAGUUCAUCCUAUCAUACAAGGUGGUUACGUCCUAGUUGGGGGUGCAAUAUGCAUGGAAUUGCUUACCAAACAAGGAUGGAGCUCAGCAUACACUGUUGAAGCAGUGAUUAUGCAAAUUUCUGCUACUUUGGUUAAAGGAAAAGCAAGAAUACAAUUUGGUGUUCCAAAAACAAUGAACCAGGUAUCCCAUGCAACAUAUCCAGUAGGUCAGUACUCUCUAGCCAGAGCACAGCAAUCUUUUAAAUCUCUCGUGCAAAUACAUGAAAAAAAUGGUUGGUUUACCCCUCCUAAAGAAGAUGGUUAAACAACACUCUUAUACUAUCUAAACUGUCAUUCCUUUAAAAAGAACUUAAGUACGUCUGUAAAAAAAAUACGUCAAACUUGUUUACAGUAUAAUAUUUACGUUACUUUUAUUAUUUUGUUUAAUUUCUUUGUAUAAUUGUAGAAAAUAUAAAUUUUAUACUUAUCAAAUUGGUAACCUAUUUCUAUCCAAGUUUAGAAUGAAGUGUUCUGAUUGCCAGCUGGGCUUAUUGACUCGUGACAUUUUACAGACACAAGUCAAACAUAAAUACUCAUGGGUUAUUAUGAUAUAUAUAUAUUUUAAUAUUGAUUCUUACAUUUUUUUAUGAGUUCAGAGUUCAAUUUUUUUUGUGUAUUUAUUAAAUUGUGAUUAAUUUUGAUGUUACUAAUUACGGAUUUUUUUAUGUAUCAAUAAAUGACACACAUCAAAUGUGUUUAAAGGA